AUGGCCGCCUCCUGCAUUUUCUGCAAGAUCAUCAAGGGCGAAAUCCCUUCGAUGAAGCUCUUCGAGAGCGACAAGACCUACGCCUUCCUCGACAUCGGACCUCUGUCGCGCGGUCACUCUCUCAUCAUCCCCAAGCACCACGGCGCCAAGCUGCACGACAUCCCCGACGACCAGCUGACCGAGAUCCUGCCCGUUGCCGCGCGCAUCGCCCGCGCCGUCGGCUGCGAGGACUACAACAUCCUGCAAAACAACGGCCGCAUCGCGCACCAAGUUGUCGAUCACGUCCACUUCCACAUGAUCCCCAAGCCCAACGAGACUGAGGGCCUCGGCGUUGGCUGGCCGACCACCAGCCCUGCCAAGGAGGACCUGCAGAAGCUGUUCGAGGAGAUCAAGGCUAAGAUGUAA